AUCACUCAAUAUGUAGUGAGAGUCCGACUUGGCCACGUCCAUGAGAACCCUCGAGAUCGUGCUCGUUCUAAUAUCUAACUAAACUCAUGUCCUAGUUUUGUUUUAGUUUGGCAAAGACUAGAAUUAGAAUCGCUCAAAAUGGCUUCAUUUUCUUCUUCUCCACUCGUCUUACGAACUCCCAUUUCUCCCUCAAGCUCUGUACGCAGAAGAAGGGAUGCUUCAGUAGCGAUCCUGGCCAUGGCAACAGCCUCGCAAAAGGAUGAUACUCUUUCUUCUCAUGAAUCGACCAAGUUGGUCACUUUCUUGGGUAAAGGCGGGUCUGGAAAGACCACUUCUGCUGUAUUUGCUGCUCAGCACUAUGCAAUGGCUGGGCUUAACACAUGCUUGGUGAUACAUACACAAGACCCCACUGCUGAGUUUCUGUUGAACUGUAAGAUUGGAAGUUCUCCUAUAGCAUGCAACAGCAACCUUUCAGCUAUUAGGUUUGAAACCACCAAAAUGCUCCUUGAACCUCUUAAUCGCCUGAAGCAAGCAGACGCCCGUUUGAACAUGACCCAAGGAGUCCUUGAAAAGAUAGUUGGAGAAGAGCUUGGAGUGCUUCCUGGGAUGGAUCCUAUUUUUUCUGCAUAUGCACUGGAGAAGCUAGCUGGAUUUUUUAGGAAGGUUGCAAAAAAAAAUCACAAUAAAGAUAAAUUUGACAUAGUAGUAUAUGAUGGUAUGAGCUCGGAGGAAAUUCUAAGGAUGAUAAGUGCAGCCAGUAAAGCAAGAUUGUACUUAAAAUAUCUCCGGAACAUGGCUGAAAAGACUGACCUUGGGAGGUUGGCUGGCCCUUCGCUUCUGAGACUUGUUGAUGAAGCCAUGAGUAUUAAUGGCAGUCAAUCCUUUAUGAGUGGGCAAUUAAGUGCAGAAAUAUGGGACACUCUGGAACAAAUGUUGGAGAGAGGAUCUUCUGCAUUCUCAGACCCCCAAAAAUUCGUCUGCUUCCUAGUUAUGGACUUAAACAAUCAAAUCUCUGUAAAUUCUGCAUUUAGAUAUUGGGGUUGCGCAAUUCAAGCUGGUGCAUGUGUUUCUGGUGCGUUAGGCAUUGGUUCUCCAAAUUCAGAUGCAGAGUCCAUAGAAAGAGUCAAGGAAACCUUUUCUCCAUUACCAUAUGCUUUUAUUCCACAACUCUCUAUUGGUUCUACUCUAGAUUGGAAGACAAUUAUUUCAAACAAUGUCAAUGAAGGUGCAAGAAAUCUUCUUUCAAUGCCAGCAAGUGGCAGUAGCGGGUUGAUAUCUCCCGUAGAGUUUAAUGCAGCCAAAAGGACAGUAACACUCCUGUUGCCAGGUUUUGAUAAGUCAGAGAUUAAGCUUUACCAAUAUAGGGGAGGAUCUGAGUUGUUGGUGGAAGCAGGAGAUCAACGGCGUGUGAUUCGAUUACCAUCUGAAAUUCAAGGGAAGGUUGGUGGUGCCAAGUUCAUAGAUAGAAGUCUUUUAAUCACAAUGCGAUAACUUAUUUGAAUUUUAGUCUUAAAACAAUUAAUAUGAUAGUCUCAUAAUAUGCCAUCUUUUUAUACAAAAAUUCAUGUAAGAUGUCAUUGACAAGAUAUUAGCCCAGCCUGUUCCCUUUGGAGAUUAAUUUUUAAAGAAGAAUUUUUAGCUACUAUUCUGUAA